CCGCCGUUGCAUCUCAUUGGCUGCGCCGCUGACAGCUGAGAGUUCUAUUGUGGGAGAAAGCCCCGCCCACCCGCCUGGGCCUUGGGACCAUUGAUAAAAGUAAGCAAGUUUAGUCAGAGAGCUGAGACCGAGCCUAAGAGUGGGGCGCAGAGGCAGUGUGUACAGAUCCAUGUGCAACACAUCAUCUGACUGCCAAUAGUUCCAUGGGGAGAUGAAGAGUGAACCCUUGUGCCCAACACCAGGAGAAUGAUCUAACCUGAUCUAACCUGAGGAUUGGUUGUGCGCACAAGCUCCAAGGCGACGCCUCCCAGGGAAAAAACUAGGAAUCUGACAGAGAAGCCAAGUGAGCCUGAAGAUGCGCCAGUGAGUGGAGUUUGCUUGUGAGCGCUGCUGUUAGCGCAUCUUCUCCUCAUGAACAUUUGCUCGCAGACUCUUGUCACAGGCCUGGAUGCCUGAAAGUGCACAGGAGGAGUUAUUUGCGUGUUAUUUGCGUGCAGAGAGGUUGCCCAUUGAUUGUUUAGCGCCUGCACAUUGCUUAUUGCACUGAUCGGGCCAAAGCAUUGGAUCCCUCAACGUACUGCGAGGCGCCGGUGUACAGCCCGGAGCUGUGCCCAAACAUGAUCGCGGCCCAGGCCAAGCUGGUGUAUCAGCUGAACAAAUACUACUCGGAGCGCUGCCAGGCCAGGAAGGGGGCCAUUGCCAAGACCAUCCGGGAGGUGUGUAAAGUGGUGUCCGAUGUGCUGAAAGAGGUGGAGGUGCAAGAGCCGCGCUUCAUCAGUUCCCUCACUGAGAUCGAUGCCCGCUACGAGGGCCUGGAGGUGGUGUGUCCCACCGAGUUCGAGGUCGUCCUUUACCUCAACCAGAUGGGGGUCUUCAACUUCGUGGAUGACGGUUCCCUGCCGGGCUGCGCGGUGCUCAAGCUGAGUGACGGCCGAAAGCGCAGCAUGUCCCUGUGGGUGGAGUUCAUCACCGCCUCCGGGUACCUCUCCGCCCGCAAGAUCCGCUCCCGCUUCCAGACUCUGGUGGCCCAGGCGGUGGAUAAGUGCAGUUACCGGGACGUGGUGAAGAUGAUCGCGGACACGAGCGAGGUGAAGCUGCGCAUCAGGGAGCGCUAUAUUGUGCAGAUCACCCCGGCCUUCAAGUGCACUGGAAUCUGGCCUCGCAGCGCGGCGCAGUGGCCUCUACCGCACAUCCCGUGGCCCGGGCCCAACAGAGUGGCAGAAGUGAAGGCGGAGGGGUUCAACCUCCUCUCCAAGGAGUGUUACUCGCUGACCGGCAAGCAGAGCUCCGCGGAGAGUGACGCGUGGGUUCUGCAGUUCGCGGAGGCGGAGAAUCGCUUGUUGCUGGGGGGCUGCCGGGGCAAGUGCUUGUCUGUGCUCAAGACUCUGCGGGACCGACACCUGGAGCUGCCCGGGCAGCCGCUCAAUAACUAUCACAUGAAGACCCUGCUGCUGUACGAGUGCGAGAAGCACCCCCGGGAGACCGACUGGGACGAGGCUUGUCUGGGGGAUCGGCUCAACGGCAUCUUGUUACAGCUCAUCUCCUGCCUGCAGUGUCGCAGGUGCCCGCACUACUUCUUGCCCAACCUCGACCUCUUCCAGGGAAAGCCGCACUCGGCGCUGGAAAGCGCGGCCAAACAGACGUGGAGACUGGCCAGAGAGAUCCUCACUAACCCCAAAAGCCUCGACAAGCUCUGAGAAGUGACACAGGCCUGGACUAAACGGCUGCUACACAACUACACACGGACAUGUUUGGGUUUGGGUGCUAGUAGCAGAACUAAGUAGCCCACUGGACCUUUAUAAGCCAUUGCACACCUAAAGCUAUGGCAAGGGAUACACGUCUUGCCUGCGGCCCUGCAGCUGUGCUUGAACUUGAACAACGAUCCAGCACUCAUAUGUAGCACGGCUGGAGGGUCGCAGGUCGGGACAUUACAAGUGGAAAACCCAAUUGCCGACUCCAGUUCAAGCGCAGGAUACUCGCACAUCUUUUAUCUGCAGGCACUAGGGCACAGCACAAAGUCAUCUCCCCUGUUCCAGAGCGUUUAAUCAAGAACCUAAUCUAGAACAGAGAAGGGAAACUAAACCCAGAACCCCCCCCCCCCCCCCCCCACUCCAACAUUGGCUGCUGAAAAUGUAGAUUUAUAAGAGACAUCACUACAGCUGCAGCUUUCACAAGACUUUUUGUUUUAAUUUAUAUUUAUUUAUGAGAAUCUUUACAGCUCUCCACCUCUGGGAUACAGUCCUAUUAAAUUUGAUGGGCUCAAAUACUGACAUAUUGAUCACAAGUUCCCCCCCUCCCCAGCAUUUUUCUAUCAGAUAGAGGUGAAAGCACUACCCAAAUGCCUAGAAAGUAAAAAUAAAACCACCUUUCAACAGGCCCCUAUUAUAAUGCAAUAGCCUUGCCUGCUCUAUGUCUUUAGCAGAACUAUUGAAAAGAAAGAGUGGACCAAACCCCAAGCUCAAGCUUCCAAGGACACUUUUUGUUUUUCCUAUAGAUUUGGGACGAAAAACAUUUCCUUGCACAGAAGGAGAAGGAAUUUCUCCUUCCAAACAAUGUGAACCAAGUCACAAGAGAAGCAAUCGGACUUAAGAAAAUCCAAGGUACAUUUUCAUAUGAAAUGUAGUGAUUUUCUUCUUCUUUUUCGUAUUACUUUGCCUGAAUGUUUGUCACCAAGUGAACAAAAAAUUAUUUAACUAAAUGUAAAAAAAAAACAAAAAAAAUCUCUUUAAAAGAUUACCGAUGUUAAAUGUAUUCUAGUGCCAACGUCAGAAUGCGACCAGCGGCUGACUUCUUGAAAACGAACAAAAAAAAAAUGAUAAUAAAAAAAAAGUAUUACUUUAACUUCAAA